AUGAUGCCCAACAAUAAUUCCGGUGAGCUUAAGGCUGGCCCGGGCCCGGCAAACGAUGCCGGUGCCGGCGAGGAUGGCGGUGAUGGAGCCACUGGGGACAACAGUGAGGUAAAUAUUCGCCGGGGCCUAGAUGUGAUACAGAGCAUGAUCGAUAUAUCCGCCGAUCGGCUCGAGGGCCUGCGGACGCAGUGCGCUACGAGCGCCGAGCUGACGCAGCAGGAAAUCCGCACGCUCGAGACGAAGCUCGUGAAGCUGUUUUCCGAUCUAUUGAUUACGAAAUCGAAGCUUCCGGAACGGCUGCCCGCGCAGGGUCUUUCCGCAACCGGAAACGAACUCAAGCAAUGGCUCAGAGUUGUUGGUCUGAGCUGUGCAUCACUCAACGCUGUGAUACAACAGGUCAGCACGCUGGAAGGAUUGCUGGAGAAGGACGAAAAGGAACUGCGGACAAUCAUGGGCAAUAACGUGUACGUCCGGGAAGAGGAAAUGAAGCGACUGACGCGUGCCUGCGGCAACCUGAGACGAUGCCACGAACAUCUCGAAAGCUCUGCUACCGACGGUGGUGGCCGCAAGGGCACGGAACCGCACGAUCUCUUCUGGGAUUCGUGGGACCGUCAGCCUGCCUGCCAUAGGACGUCACCUCGCGUCAACCGCUCGCUGGGUGGCAACAAGUGCGCCACCAGCAAGCAGAGUGCCAUUGCCUCCGGGACCUAUCACAGCCAGCGUCACAAUAAUGGGCCUCCGCCCGGAGGCGAUUCGCAUGCGACACUCCAACAAGCUUCACCCGCAAACAUGGGGAUCGCAGCUGGUGUCACUAUCAGCCCGCAGGCAGAGGACAGCAUGACGGCACAUCAUUCGCAGGAAGCGGCUUUGCUGAAUCCGCAUCACGCAAUUUCUCCGGACGAAGCUUCCACAAGUGGUUGCACGCCCUCACCAUCGCCACCGAACUCGCCCUCCAACGUGUUGCUGCAUAACAACAAGCAAAACCGACGUGGAUUCCCUACGACGCCUCCUCCUAAGCGAAAGCAUCAGACAUCGUUGCUUUCCUUUUCAGCUUCGUCCUGCUCACCGUCGACGGUGGUUUCGUCGUGCUCUUCGACUGCGGCAAGUGCGAGUAACACCACCAUCACGACCAGUAGUGCAUCGGCCACCGGGGAGGCAGGAACGGCGUUGACGAAAUCGAAAUCUCACGAGUCGCAGUUUGGUCAGCAAGGAGGCAGUGCAGCGGGCACUGGCCCUGGGGUCGCAAACAACAAUAACAGCCAUGCCAGCAGCAGCACCGGCAACAACAGCAACAGCAUUAACCACAUUAAUAACAACAUUCCGUCGACGAUGGUCGCGCUGGGCGAUGGUUCCCUAACGACAACGGUCAGCACGGGCAUACUAGCACCCGGGGGCACUAGCAGCAUCGCGGGAACAACGUUUGUAUCCCAGCAGCAGCAAAGAUUGAUGGGCAAUGGAAGUGCCAACCGGAUGGGGACGUUUCCUCGCAGCCGGCUGCAUACGGAACCCACGAUCACGGGUAGCGGUAGUAGCAGCAACAGUAGCACAAGCCACGUCUUGAAUGCUGCAAGUGAUCAUCAUCACCCUCAUCACCUGCUGCAUCAUCAUCAUCAUUCUCAUCAACCAGCGGCCCAGUCGCAUCAUCACUACCUUCAUCAUCUGCAGCAGCAGCAAGCCCCAGGAAGCAACAGCAAUCCGGGAAUGGCUUCGGAAGCGGGAGAGCCUGGUACGAACAUGGAUCCGGGUGUACCGCCACAUCCACUCGGUGGUACGUCCAUGGUUACGGCUGUGACGUCCGCCGUGCCGCCUAAAUCGCCCUGCACGCCCAUCAUCACGCGCGGCAUGGGCCACAUAAUACAGCAUCGGUUUACGAAAAAAUUCAAAGUCACCAAAAGCACUUGCGAUCUGUGCCUCAAGCAAAUGUUUUUUGGCUUCAAGUGCACCGAGUGCAAGUACCGCUGCCACAAGGACUGCAAAUCGAACGUACCGCCCUCGUGCGGUCUUCCGCAGGAGUUUGUGGACGAGUUUAAGAAAUCGCUCCAAUCUGAUACGCUCCUGUCGGCGAGUGUGUCCCCCAACAUUGGCCGCAGUGGAGGUGGCGUGACGAGCGGUGGCAUCAUGUAUGGAGGUAGCCGUGGUGAUCCUAACAAACCCGGCAUGGCUCGAGGUCCGAUGCAUGCUAUCCAUGCGUGCGGAGGAGGUCCCGAUAGCAGCUCGGCCGGUUCCAGUUGUAAUAGCUCGUCACCUUCCAGCCCGGCGUUGCUGUCGCUGCCCCCACAAACACCCGCCACGUCCAAGUAUUUGCAGUUCAACUUUCCAGAGGUCCCAAGCGGUGCAGGUGGCACGAGCUCAUCAUUAAUGUCAACUGCUAGCGGUGGCUCAAUGGCGAUGAGUGCCGGGAGCGACCGUGGAGGAAGCGGUGGCAUCAUGAUCGAAACGCAUCCCAUCGGCGGAGGUCCCGGCGGUGGUUCUGGCGGUUCGUGUGGGCUCGGCGGAAGCCUUGGUAGCAGCGGAGGGUACACCAUGGACAACAGCGUCGAGAUACCAAAGCUGCAGUUUUCCGACAUUCCCGAUCAUAGCGUACCCGGCGGUAGUGAGGACAAAACCGGAUCGGCCAGUGCGACGAGCACCGAUUCGUCUUCCGAUCGGACACCGAUAAGGCUCGAUUCGGCGGAGGAGCGCGACCACGAAAGUAGCUGGCCACGACAAAACUCGCUCUCGCUUAAAGAGUGGGACAUUCCGUACGAUGAUCUGCAUCUGAAGGAGAAAAUCGGCAACGGACGCUUCGGCACCGUCCACCGGGCGCUCUGGCACGGCGACGUGGCCGUGAAACUGCUAAAAGAGGACUAUGUGGCCGACGAGAGGACGCUGGAAGCGUUCAAACUGGAGGUCGCCACCUUCAAAAAGACACGCCACGAAAAUGUGGUGCUCUUUAUGGGCGCUUGUAUGAAGCCGCCGCGACUUGCUAUCGUAACGUCGCUGUGCAAGGGCAACACGCUCUAUACGCACAUCCACCUGCGUAAAGACAAGUUUAAUCUGAACCGUACCACGCUGGUGGCGCAGCAGAUUUCGCAAGGCAUGGGCUACCUGCACGCGCGCGGCAUCGUGCACAAGGACCUGAAGACGAAAAACAUUUUUCUCGAAAAUGGCAAAGUGAUCAUCACGGACUUUGGCCUAUUUAGCGCAACCAAGCUGCUGUACUGCGAUCUCGGGCUGGGCAUACCCGGUGGCUGGCUGUGCUACCUGGCGCCGGAACUAAUGCGCAACCUAACACCGCACCGACCGAACGAGGGAGAUCUUCCGUUCUCGAAGGAUUCGGACAUUUUCGCGUUCGGCACUGUGUGGUACGAGCUGCUGUGCGGGGAAUUUCCAUUCAAAUCGCAACCAGCGGAAUCGAUCAUCUGGCAGGUGGGACGCGGCAUGAAGCAAACGCUGGCCAACCUGCAGGCAUCGCGUGAUGUAAAGGACAUACUGAUGCACUGCUGGAGCUACCAUCCAGACGAUAGGCCCGAUUUUGCCAAACUGCUGACGCAGCUCGAACGGUUACCCAAGAAACGGCUAGCCCGGUCACCUUCCCAUCCGGUGCAACUGUCGCGCUCAGCAGAAUCGGUGUUUUAGGUGGCGGAAAUGUAGCAGCGCUAGCAGAAACCAAAAAUGGAUGCAAAACAUCCAUCCAACCGAUUGAUUUGCGGACACGUGUACACUCUGUACACAUUAUUCUAAGUUGUUCCGCUCCCUACAGGAUAACCAAACGCCGUGCGAGAAAGCAUGAUAACCAACUUCUAGACACCCAUCCGAUUGGGGCUCACAUCGGUUGCUCCCUCACUGCAUCGCACGGUGAAACACACACAUUGCGGGUGUUGAGAAUAGACAGACAAAAACGCGAACGUGAAGCAAACGCGCCGCUGCAUCGUAAAAGAGAUGUAAAACGCGCUAAGUUCGAGGCUACGACGAAACGGCGCUGGUAAGCAAAGCAGCCGGUCGAAGGGGCGGAAAUCGUUAAAAACACGACAACAUAACAACAAAUUAAUCACAUCAUUGGAUCAGAGUUGUAAUCUAAAAUAGCUUCAAAGUUGAAUAAAG